AUGGCUACUGCCUUUGUCUCCUGGCCAUCAGCGCCGUUGACCGAAUCGCUCGUCAAGAGGGCUUUGUCAAAUCUGUCUGUCUCAGUCGUCGCAUCACUUCUUGGCACCCAUGAAUACUCAAAGCUGCUUCAGUGGUCCACCUACGACGCUAUCAACCAUGACCUGACACACUGUAAUCCUGACAAUGUCCUGUCGUCCUCUUAUACCAUCAGAAAGGCUCUCAUUCGUAAACACUACUUAGCACGAUGCAUUCAUUCGUACUUGACAAAACAUCUCGACUCCGUCCUCAAGGACGCGGUGCCCAGGACAUGGGAUCUCGAGAUCUCUUACGCAGAUGAGCUGGAUGAAAUGUGGAGCGACCAACUUUGGGACCUUGGCAAUGAAAUCGAUGGCUCCUCUCAAUGGUGGAUUUUGAAGCCUGGCAUGGCAGAUCGGGGAAUGGGCAUCAGGUUGUUCAACAGCAAGGACUCGCUGUAUCAGAUCUUCGAAGAGUUUGAAGACGAAGACGAAGAUCAGAUCGAUGACACCUCUGUAAUAAUGUCACAACUUCGUCAUUUUGUCAUUCAGGAAUACAUACCUAGUCCGUUGCUCUUGGACCCCAACGAAAGGUCUCCUUCCGUCUCUGUGUUAAACCCACCUGAAAACUUGCAAGGAUAUAAAUUCCAUCUACGGGCGUACUUUGUUGCAUCAGGAGCGUUGCAACUAUUCAUUUGCGUAUGCCAGCCCGCGACGAAAAGAGGGGCUGUUAACGAUGCGGCCGCUCCCGGAAACAUUGACUUGACACCUCAUCUUACGAACACCUCGCUGCAAAUUGAUCGAGGCGAGGAAGGCGUCCAUCUACUUGAUGAACUCUCAGGAUGUCAUAUUCUAUCCGGAGAUAAUACGGAUCGUGGAGCGUUAUUUACCCCCACGGAUAUCGAGAACAUAAAAGUUCAAAUGGGCUCCGUUCUCGCAGAAACGUUCAAGGCCGCGUUAGAAAUGCCUAUACACUUCCAGCCGCUUCCAAAUGCAUUCGAAUUGUAUGGAGUUGACUUCUUGGUGUCUCAUGACCCAACUGGACUCGAUUCAUUAGGCAACUCACGAAUCUUUCAAGUUAAACUUCUGGAAAUCAAUUCAGAACCCGCUAUCGAAUUAACAGGACGAAGGCUACAUAGAAUUCUCGAAGACUUGUUUGUUGCGAUCGAGCAGGUUGCAGUACUACCCUUCUUUAGACAGGAAGUUGGAUGCGUACCAGGCAUGGAAGUGCCUGUGGUACCAAAGCACUUGCGGAUGUGUCUUGAUACAAAGGUUCGAGGAUCUGGAGGUUGGUGA